AUUUUGCGCGACAUUUCUUUGUGGUGCAGGUGAAGGAUCUUAUGAAGAAGAAAGAAGAACUUCCAGUUUGCAAGGAAGGAGAUCUAAUCAUGGAUCAGCUGGUUGAGCUAACUAGUAAAGGUUGUGGAUGUCUUCUUGUUAUAGAUGAUGGCUAUCAUCUGCUAGGUACAUUUACGGAUGGUGAUUUACGGCGUACAUUGAAAGCUAGUGGUGAAGGGAUCUUCAAGCUUUCAGUCGGAGAAAUGUGUAACAGGAACCCAAGGACAAUUGGUCCUGAUGCAAUGGCAGUCGAUGCAAUGCAGAAGAUGGAGUCUCCACCAUCCCCAGUACAGUUUUUGCCUGUAACCAGUGAUGAUAAUGUUUUGAUUGGUAUCGUUACAUUGCAUGACUUGGUCUCAGCUGGCUUGUGAUUGUUGAAAGUGUGCUAUGUUUGUAUUGCAAUAAUUCUUUGUAUUCUUUCCCAAAACGGUGUUGGGAGUUGCUAUAGAUAUUCUUUAGAUGGUUCUGUAUGAUGAAGAAUAUGAAUGUAUUAACUAUGAUCUUCCUCCUCAAAAUUGCUCGCGUUUGGCUCCA